AAAGGGCCGAGAGUGGAGAAGAAGAAGAAGACUCUUUUCGUGGCAAUGCUCAUGUGUUUCUGUUUUGCAGGAGCGAACUCACAAAGCAAUUACAAUUUUCUUGUACUUCAGAAUCUCUGAAAAUGGCUCGGCUUCGGCCUCGACAGAAUCGGGCUCUCUCCGGUUUUACAGAGGUUGAGACUGUGAGAAUGGAGGAUUUACUCAAGGAAAAAGGUGAAGAAACCCUAAAACAGAAUUCCUGCUGCAAGCUUGCAAGGAGUUUUAAUUGUUCUGCAGGUCGUGUUGGGAAAACUCCCGUGACAUGGAAACAGAUACAAAGUUGGCUUCAAAAUAAGCAGCAAGAUUUGACAGCAAAAACUACUUCCUCACCUAUUGCCUCCAAUGAACCAGUUGCUCCUCCACAAGUGCCAGUUUCAAAUGAUCUGCUUGAGUCUUCUUCUGAAAUUCCUAAAGUAAAAAAGGAUCCAGAUCUGUCCGAUUUGGAGUUUGAGGCUAGGUCAUCGAAAGAUGGGGCAUGGUACGAUGUUGCUAAAUUUGUCACCCACAGAGUUCUUCAUUCGGGCGAAACUGAAGUACGAGUAAGAUUUAUUGGAUUUGGUGCUGAGGAUGAUGAGUGGGUUAAUGUUAAGAAGGCAGUACGUGAGCGCUCUCUUCCUUUGGAAUCUUCAGAAUGCCAGAAGAUCAAGGUUGGGGAUCUUGUCCUUAGCUUCCAGGAGAGAAGGGAUCAAGCAAUCUACUAUGAUGCACAUGUUUUGAAAAUCCAAAGGAGGUUACAUGACAUAAGGGGUUGCAGGUGCAUAUUCCUAAUUCGCUAUGACCAUGAUAGCACUGAGGAAAGUGUUCGUUUAAGGAGAUUGUGUCGCAGGCCAUCAUUUUAUGAUCCAGCUGGCAAUGCUUGAACUCUUAAUCUAUCGUCCUGCUUACUGUCUUUAUGUCCUUGAUAGAUAUGUAGGCUUAGAUUUUGGAGUUUGUUGGGCAGAAUUGAAAUUUAAAAUCCAUUGUGUUGUAAAGUUUCAAUCAAAAGAACGAAAAGGAAAAUGAAAAAGAGGUUUUCAUUUGUAACAUGAGAUAGAUUAUAGAAGAGAAAGUAAUGUAUUGCCUUUUUUUUGUUAAUAAUCUUUGUGCAAGAAUUUCCAAAUGCA